GGCUCACGUGUGAGUGUAUACUGUACUGUCGUAAUUUUAUUACAAAUUUUGUUUUUACUGUAAAAAAUCUGGCGGAAAAUUAGGUAGCCAUUGCUUAGUAUUGUUAUUAAAUUUCUCAUUAAACACUAGUUGUCCAUUUUAGUACGUGCCAUUGAAGCCUCAUUAAUGAAUUCGAGGUUUCUCUGAGGACCUUUCAACAGUUUGCUGUCUGCUGUCUGAAAUAAAGAGUUUUAAAGGAUUGAUUUUGCAUGAUAUCAGUAUUUUCCUCCUCUGCGGUAAGAUAUUUAGUGACUCAACAAUUUUGCAAAAUGCCAACCACUCGAUCUUCUGCUUCAGCUGGUGCGUCUGGGGAAUCCCAUGAGGCGCCUGUUGCUCCUCCGAAAAGAAGGAGGAAGCAAAUCAAAAUUGAGUACCCGUCCGAUGACAAGCCAGUAGUGAAAAUUGAAAAUGGUGUGCCAUCUGGGACCAAAGGCUCAAAAGCUAAAGGCAAACAAGUUGGGGCAAUGGUGAAAGCUGAGCCAGGAACGUUCGAAAUCAAAAAAGAAAUCAAGGAGGAAUAUGAAGGAGAAAUUGAUUCGAAAGGGGAUGCAAGCAAGUCUGCUGACCCGGUGAAAUCUGAGUACUGGCAAGAGGAAGAGAAGCCGUCCAAAUGGGAACCACCACACUGGAGGGAGGUCCUUGCCAAUAUCCGCGAAAUGCGGAAGAACACAUAUGCUCCUGUCGACGAUAUGGGAUGCGAUAAGAACUCAAAUGAUGAUGCCACACCUGAGGUAAGACGAUUCCAUGUUUUAAUUUCUCUGAUGCUGUCAAGUCAGACCAAGGAUCAAGUAACUCAUGCUGCCGUUGAACGACUGAUUGAGCACUCAGGCUGCACUGUAGAUAGUCUCCUUUUAAUGGACAAUGACACUCUUGGCAAACUGAUUUACCCAGUUGGGUUUUGGAGGCGCAAAGUGCAGUAUAUCAAACAGACCUGUGAAAUACUGAAGAAAGAUUACAACGGUGAUAUUCCUAAUACAAUUAAAGACCUUUGUAAAUUACCAGGAGUUGGGCCCAAAAUGGCGCACCUUGCUAUGAACUGUGGCUGGGGCAUCGUUACAGGCAUUGGCGUUGAUACUCAUGUUCACCGAAUUUCAAACUGGCUUCCGUGGGUUCAGAAACCAACAAAAGAGCCAGAACAGACACGACUUGCACUUGAGGCCUGGCUUCCUCGGGAACUGUGGAGUGAGGUUAAUCAUUUGCUCGUCGGAUUCGGUCAGUCGAUUUGUCGACCGGUAGGACCUCAUUGCUCUGAGUGUUUGAAUAAAGAACUCUGCAAGGUCGGAAGAGCUACAAUGAGGGGCGAAAAGAAGAAGAAAAAAUCUGAUUAAUUAGAUUUCUGACGACUGCAUUGAUGGUCAAAGUGAAAAAGCGCGUACCUUUCUCUGCUAUGUUUCAAUUUCAUUAAAAGAGAACUGACCGAUAAUUUUCCUUGAAAUUUUUCUUCUUUUAACCAAAAAUAUUCCUAGAAAAUUUCAAGGAGAUAUUGUGGUCAGUUUUUUUUUUCAAAAAAUAAAAUACAUAUAACUAGAGAUUUUGAAACAUUGCUCUGAAGUGAGCUACUUUGUUUUAUCUUUACCUGAUAUUUUCAUUUGGUAAACGAACCUGUGAGGUUUGUUUACAAGCUCAUGAAUGUUUCUAAAUGGAAAUUUUUUUUUUUUAAUUUCACAUUUGUCAAUAAAAGGAAGCUCGCAUUGAAAAAUGUGAGAAAAAAAGAAGAUAUUUCUCUCUAGUAUUUCCAUUUCAGCCUAGGUCAUAGCAUAUUAUUCAAUUUUAUUAUCUGUCGAGUACCCCUAGAAAUUUUCAAGUUUAAAUAUUUUCUUCUGUUAGUAUCACUGUAAACUUGCAAGUCACCCUCCUUUCGGAUCAUUGUAUAAUUGGAUUCACUAAAUUGUUUCUUUUCAUAUUUUUGCUAGCAAAAUCAGGGUUUUUUUUCUAUUCCAGAAAUUUUCUUUGUCCCUUGAGUAUUAGGAGGGGGAGCAUAUCAAAUACCAUACAUUUACUUUUGCAUCACUGUAUUUUAAGAGAUGUGUGACAUUCUCGGAUGUAUUUUUGAAACUUUCUUCUUUUGUGAUCGGUAAGCCUGGCAUGUAUCUCAAUCCCCUUACAUUUGAUUUAAUGGAUACGAACUGUAAACUAUUGAAAUCAUCCUAUUUCUCCUAAUGAAUAAAUUCAGUAAAUACUGUUAAGCUUUAUUUCUUGCAUUGUAUUUGAAAGAAGUUUUGAUCGCACAUCACUGAUUUGUUUUAAUUAGAAGGCAGGAUUAUCCAUGUUUUGUGAUUUUGUCAGCGCAUAAAAAUAUGCUCGGACCAGAUUUUCUUCACAUUUGAUUCCUUUAAUUGCUUAAUAUUACAAACUCUGUUCUUAUUUAACUGGAGGCAAAACAAUUCUAGACUUAAUACUCUCUUGUUCUUGUAAAUUUUUUACUUUUAUGUUUAAUUAGAUAUUAUAUUUUCUUUCUACCUCAAAA